AUCUUGUUAAGCCUGUACGAACUCAACUCUCUCUCUCUCUCUCUCUCUCUCUCUCUGAGUUCUAUCAGCUGGUUCUGGAUUGCAAGGGAGAAGAUGAAGCUAGGGUUUAUCUUUGCUCUGCUCGUUCUAAGCAGCGCAGAGCUGGUAAGAUCGGAUUCUAACGAUCACAAGUUUCAACGCGGUGAUACAGUACCUCUUUACGCUAACAAGGUCGGUCCUUUCCAUAACCCCAGUGAAACAUACAGAUAUUUUGAUCUGCCGUUUUGUUCCCCAGGGAAUGUGAAAGAUAAAAAAGAAGCUCUUGGAGAAGUUCUUAAUGGAGAUCGUCUUGUAACUGCACCUUACACUAUUGAAUUCUUAGUUGAGAAAGAUUCUGAGAAUGUCUGCCAGAAGAAGCUCUCGGUGGAUGAAGUCAUUCAGUUUCGAACUGCUGUCAUCAAGGAUUACUACUUUCAGAUGUACUUUGAUGAUUUGCCUAUUUGGGGUUUCUUGGGGAAGAUUGAUAAGGAAGGAAAAUCUGACAUAACUGAAUACAAAUAUUACCUAUUUAAGCACCUUCAUUUCGAGAUAUUUUACAACAAGGACCGUGUCAUUGAGAUCAACGUUCGAACCGAUACCAACACCAUGGUCGAUCUGACUGAGGACAAAGAAGUUGAUGUGGAAUUCUUGUAUACUGUCAAAUGGAAGGAGACACACACUCCUUUUGAAAAACGGAUGGACAAAUAUUCACAGUCCUCUUCUCUGCCACAUCACUUGGAGAUUCACUGGUUUUCGAUUAUCAAUUCAUGUGUAACAGUUCUACUGUUAACUGGUUUCCUUGCCACGAUUCUCAUGCGAGUACUAAAGAAUGACUUUGUGAAGUAUGCUCAUGAUGAUGAAAUACCCGAUGAUCAAGAAGAAACCGGGUGGAAAUACAUACAUGGGGAUGUAUUCAGGUUCCCGAAAUACAAGUCUUUGUUUGCAGCGGCCCUAGGGUCUGGAACCCAGCUAUUUACUCUUACGAUCUUCAUUUUUAUUCUUUCUCUCGUUGGCUUCUUCUAUCCAUACAACCGAGGAGCUCUGUUCACUGCAUUGGUUGUUAUAUAUGCACUCACUUCAGGAAUUGCGGGAUAUGCUGCAACUUCUUUAUAUUGCCAACUGGAAGGAACAAACUGGGUAUGUUUUUAAAUGCAUAUUUUAUAAUCUUGUCAACAUUUGUUG